AUGAACCUCCGAAACUCUGCGAAGUCGCAGCCACCGUCACCUCAAGUCAACACGAGGACAUCUACCCCCAAAAGCCAGUCAAGCGACUCGCAAACCACACCACGCCCCCGCACUGGUCGCCGGAAAACAGAUAUCCCAGAUACCAAAGCCAGGAGAUCGCGCACAGGAUGCUUCACCUGUCGCCAAAGACAUCUGAAGUGCGACGAAGCCGUAGGAAAAUGUCUGAAUUGUCGCAAAUCAGACCGUGUUUGUCGGCGCGGCGUCCGCCUCAAUUUCAUCGAUAUCCAGACCGUGGCACCCCCACACCUGGUCGCGCGACCAGACGGCUCGAAGGUAACAUUUCGAGAUGAUUCGCGGCUGAUUGCAUCCCUGUAUGUGGGAGGCUUUGAGAUAUAUCCGCCUAUUCAGCCCGAAAGCCCCGUUGAAGAAAACGGACACUCAAACCAUGACUUUGAUUCCAUGGGACCUGACGAUCUAACGAGCCUCUUUCAGUCGGUUGCUCACUCUUUCGACCCGCUGAGCUUUGAUGUCUCACAUCCCUCCACGGCGGACUUCGUGGAAACGGAUACCUGGCACCAGUCCCAUUUGGUGCCCGGGGAUGAGCUUCUUCCGCAUGGAACAUCCAAUUUUGCGCGCAAGCUGGCGGAUAAGCAGGAAUCGCAUCACUUUCUCACUGACCCCGAGCAAUUGUCUCUUCUUCGGGCUUUUGUGGAAGAGGUUGGUCCGCGCAUGGAUGCAAUGGACGAAAUGAACCAUUUCUCCCAGGUUCUCCCAAGUCUUGCUGUGGGCGAGCCUUUGUUGCUCAAGGCGUUUUUGGCAGGAGGUGCUAGGCACCUUUCCAUACAUGCCCCUUCUUAUGAAGAUGGUAAGGCCUUGCUUCUUUAUGAUGAAGCUACCCAGGCGCUUUUGAAUGCAGUCCAUGAUCCCAGCCGAGACUCUGUCUUGUGCGCAACCGCUGCAUUGGUUCUAGGGUUCUCUGAGUCCAUGUCGCCUCGGUCAAGGCACCACGGGAACCACAUUGCAGGUUCUCGGGCUUUGAUUCGAGAGUGUGGGUGGACUGCUAAAACGCCAGGGCUUGGGGGUGCCUGUUUUAGGAUUAGCAUGAGUGCCGAACUGCUUAGCUGUCUGCACUAUAAUUGGACCCUGUCUUGGGAUCCGGACACUUGGGGGGUCGAUAUGGACAUGGAACAUGCACAAGCCAGUAUUGGUGGUAGCCAUGAUGUAUGGCAUCAUCGAAUAUUAUAUGUUUGUGCGAAAGUAAUGAACUUGCGGACGUCUUUGCGUCAAUGCCAAGCUUUGGGCGAUGAUGUGGCGCGCGUCACUCGGCUCAAUAAUCUCUUCCAGGAAUGGGCCCUUUACAAUAGUUGGUGUGAGCAAUGGGAGAAGUAUAUACCCAGAUCGCUGGUACCACUUGGUUAUCUCCAGCCAUGGCAAACUAUGUCAAAAUCGGUGUUUCCAGAAAUUUGGCUUUCUAAUCGAUCUGCUAUUAUUGCUCGAUUGAUGUACCACGUCACUCGCAUUUUGUUAUCCAAGACUCAUCCUCUACAGUCGGAGUUCGAUGAGGGGAUGCAGAAGAUGCAACACAGUCACGCGCUCGACCUGUGCGGCCUUAUCGCCCAUACAAAAGACCAGGGUAUUGCCGAUAUCGCACUCCGCUGCCUUGUGAUCGCAGCGGAAUGCUUAGAGACACACGAAGCUCAACAAGAAGUUCUCGAUAUCUUCGAUACCCUAAGCAAAGUGACCGGCAGCAGCGCUGAAUCGAUCAAGAAUGACCUUAAACAAAUUUGGAGCUGGGUCGGUGCUCAUCCGCACACAGUGACUCCUGCUCAGAUGCAUAACCACUUCUAUGAACUUGAUCCAUCUUUGUCGAUGGCUGAAACCCCUGAUUUGUCUCCGGGUCUGAACAAUCCCCUUUUGGGUACAGGUGAUUUCUCAAUGGAAAGUCAUCCAUAUCAGCGAUUCUAUGUGCCACCGCAUCACCACCACGCACUUGAUCAGUAUCACUACGGUGCAUACUUGAUCUGA